UCCCUUUUUCAUUUAAAAGAUUUGUGGCGCCACCUUUGCGAGCGUGACAAGCACGUAACCUGUGGGUAAACUUGGACCAAAUAAGAUGCAAAAUCACGUCCGACUUUUGUUGCUGCAAAAACGAUGACGCAAAACGUGUGAUGAUGGCGAAGGAGUUUUUAACCUGUCAGCAGAUGGCGAUGUCAAAACCCUUGCAGACGAAAAACCAUUACCAUAAAGAGUUUCCAUUUUACCGGGUAAAAAAAUUUCAAACCAGUAAUAUUUACCAUGGCCUGGGAUUUAAAAAACGAGGAGGAGGUAAAGCAGUACCUGGAAAAUUUAGGAACAGAAUAUAGGUUCGGAUGCUUGAGCGAGAAAAAACCGGAAGUAUGCCAUCUCCUGGGAGAUUUCAUGGAAAGUAUCAAAAAGGAUUUCAACAAAGCUGCUUCGUUGUAUAGGUCUACAUGUGAUGACUACAAUUUUGGUCGGAGCUGCCACAAAUUUGCAACCUAUUCACUGACUGGUAAAGGAUGUCAAGCAGAUCAGCCAAAGGCCCUUGAAUACUUUAAAAAAGGUUGCAGUCUGGGAGAAGCAGAUUCCUGCUUAUAUGCUGGCCUUCUGUGCACAUCAAACAAUGAAAAACAUCAAGUUAAACUAGAUUACCCACAAGGAAUGGGAUUCUUGAAUCAAUCUUGUGACAAGGGUAACCACAAUGGCUGCUAUUACCUUAGUGGCAUGUAUCUUUCAGGUGUGCCAAAUAUUUUGGAGAAAAAUAUGACAAUGGCAUACAACUAUAGUAUGAAGGCUUGUGAAUUAGGAAACAUAUAUGCUUGUGCCAAUGUAAGUAGAAUGUAUUCCAAAGGUGAUGGAGUAGCACAGAAUCCUGAAUUAGCCUCUAAAUACAAGAGCAAAGUUCUUGAAAUGGAAAAAGAAAUGCGAGGCCACUUCAGGCCUAUCGAAAUGGAAAGAGGAGCUUAAACCCAAACCAACGUAUGUAAAUGUACAAAUCCUUGUUGUCUCUGGAAGUGCAUAGCUUUUAAUUGUUCAAUAAAAGAAAUAGGACCAUGUCA